CUUCUAGUGGUGGUGUAGGAGGAGCUCCAUAGAAACCUUUGCAUACUAAGGGUGUGAUCUCCUUUCAGUUUCAGAUGUCAGAGUCACAGCACCAACAACAGUCACUCAAGCCAUGGACAUCAUAGAUCCCAUCUUGGGCAUAGCGGAGACGCUUUACUCUCUAUGUGGUGAAGUGAAAGCCAAUAAGAAGCGCUGUCAGCGUUUGUCCCAGCGCAUAAAAGCCUUGGAUGAGCUGGUGAGAGCAGUCAAGGUGAAGGGACUGGGGCAAAAUCCUUCCCUUGUGAAGAAUGUCCUAUGCGAGCUCAAACUCACCCUGGAAAAUGCCCAAGGCGUGGUUAAGAAAUACUCCUGCGCCAGCUACCUGAAGCGCAUCCUGAAGGCCUCCGACCAGGGAGAUGAUUUUGGGAGUUUAAAUGAGCGUCUGAAUGAUGCGACUCAGGGGCUGUCGCUAGCCCUGCAGGUGGGCCAGAGUGACGAUCUACUUCAGGAGUCUCAAAAGAUGACACGAUGGAGAGAGGAUGAGGCUGACAGGGAGAGUGAUCGUCUGGAGCUGCAGAAAUUGCUACGGUCUCUGGUGGAGGACAUGAAGGAAAGUGUGGACACAGUGCAUGAGAAAGUGGACUCCACCGAAAAAAAUGUGAAAGACAUCAAAGCCAUGUUGGAAACCUUAAUGAAGCCCAGUAUUUUUCAUGAAGACAUCAGAGAGAUCAAGCCAGAGGAGCUGAUCUACGACGUGCCCAAAGAGCCCUUCAUCAAAAAUGACAAUUCGGAGAUAUUCAAAGGAGAGUACAACAAAUUCACAGUGGCCAUCAAAAGAUACGCCUACUCAAGUUGCACAAGCCUGAGUCACAUGAGAAGCAUCUUUAAAAAGGAAGUGGAGACUAUGAAACGCUUUGAGUCACCAAACAUCCUGCGAAUGUUUGGGAUCUGUGUCCAGGAAGAGAACGGACCCAAUCCAAACUUCCUCAUUGUCAUGGAGUUUUGUGAGAAGGGCAGUCUGAGAGAGGUGCUGGAUUCCCAAAGGAAGCUGCCCUGGGACAAAAAGGCUCGCUUGAGUCUGGAUGCAGCACGGGGCCUCUACAGAUUGCACCAGUCGGAGGAGAAGUUUAAAGUGCAUGGAUGCAUCAACAGCAGCAGGUUCCUGGUAGAUGCUGGGUACAGAGUGAAGCUGGGAGGUUUUGAACUGGCCAAAACCGAGACGUCAUUGAAGAGGACAAAGGAUAGCAGUAGAAGCUCUUUAUACUACAGCUCCCCUCAGCAGCUUGAGAGUAUUAAUUAUAAGUACAACAAGGAAUGUGAGAUGUACAGUUUUGGCAUUGUCCUUUGGGAGAUUGCAACCCGCAAGAUUCCCUUCAGAGACUGCUCACACAAAGAGGUGUAUCAGAUGGUGUGUGAAGACAAAUAUACUGAACCUCUUCCUGAAGACUGCCCAAAACAUUUGGGGGAACUGAUCAACGACUGUCGCUCCUAUGACAGCUUCCAAAGGCCAACGGCAGGAGUGUUAGUGGACAAGCUCCGCAAAGUGGUUGAGCAGCUAGAGGAGGACUAACAAACAGAGGUUUCCAACCCCAGAGUACUCCGAAAAGAGGAAAACCAAGAGCGGUUAUCAACCGAAGCACAAUUUUGAACAAAAAUUAUGAAUAAACAAAUUAGGCACAUUUAGGCAGUCUUGAUACUUACAUUUGAACAGAAACGCAAUGGUUCAUUGGCUCAGUCUGAAACUUUGUACAUACACUGCUACAUACAAAAGUACAUACAAAAUCUAAAUUGAUGGCCUUUAUCUUGCAUUUCAAAGAUGAUGGUACAAAAAAGAUCCAAAACUUUCUUUUACCAGAUCUAAUGUGUUAUUCUCCUACAUUCCUUUCACAUUUCCAGACUUCAAAGUGUUUCCUUUGUCGUGUCUUUGGCUAUGCCGUGAUAUGACAUGCUAUUCUAUAAAAUAAUUUCUCCGUAAUUAAUAUCACCUGAUUGAGCUAAUCAUGUAAAUGUAAUUAACUAGAGUCGGGCACCACAAAAUAAUAUUUAUAGAGCUGUUAUCUUCUGAAUAAACUCUUGAAGACCUAGUAAUAUUUUACAUCAAUAGCAGUCAAUAUUAAUCCUCCUCUUAAUUCAGUCUCAUCUGAAAGUUGUAAAUUAUUUUAUCUGCACGAACCCUGGCUAACAAGUUGAAUCAGCAAUACAAAAUUGGGUUUAAUUAUUUAUUUACUAAAUACCUAAAUAAUCACACAGGAUUACACAUGCACAUAAUUAAUCAUAACUUGAUUACAAAUUACAUCAUAAAGGAAAAAAUCCCUAGCGGGCGGAACAGAUAUGACAGCUUGUUACACAAAGGAAAAGGGGCUGGGUUGAGUGAAAGAGCGGGAAGACUGAGGAACAAAGGGAAGAAGCUGGGCUAUCGUAAACACAGUAUCUAAUGCAUCCUAAAUUACCGCCCAUUUCGAAAAGGAAAAUGCAAUAAAUAUUUACUCUGAGCUGCGCUUCAGUAUGUUGGUGGUAGAUGGAAGGCCAUGUUGCCAAACCAAGUCCUUUGUCCUUUGAAGAAUGUCUCUGGUGGUCAAUUGGAUACGUUGUAGUUACGUUGUUGUGUGAUAGACGGGAUACUCUGUCUGUUCCUUCCUAACCCUCGUUUGCAGCGGCUAUUGCUAACUCAACAGCUAGGAGGUAUCUCUUCUGUAGUGAAUAGAGUUCAAAGUUCAUAGCAUUUGCAACCAAAGCUCACGCUGAUGUUGGCUUCAUUCUGUAGUUAUUAUCUGAACCAUUCUGACAUAGGACCGUCAUCCUCACGUCCUCAGAACAGGAAGUUAUGUUGGCUUAUAUAGGAAGGGAGAAAAGGGGGUGUUUCAUAGUUUUCAUCCUCCUCCUCACGUGGGCGGGCCACUAAGUGAGCUGCCCUAUGUUAUGAAAACCCACAUCUCACAUUUUAGAAGCUAAAAUCACAUUUCAUCCCAUCACAAAUAAUUUCAUAUUCAAACAUUUAAAUUGAACAACAAUUCCAUGUGAAUCCGGUAACUCUCCCCACCUACUGAUGUUCCCAGAAUCCCUAGGUUAGCCAAGGGUUUUGCAAAUGUACCCUCAGUAGGGUAGAGAGAAGAAAAAGGGGGGAAGAGGUAUUUAUGAUUGUUAUAAACCUACUCCCCAGGCCAACGUCAUGACAUUUCAAAUGGCAUCAAGAAUAUGCAUAUCCUUGCUUCAGUGCCUGAGCUAUAGGCAGUUAGAUUUGGGUCAUUUUAGGUGAAAAUUCACUUGAAAAACAAGAAAAAAGCAACAAUAGUACUGCUUGUCCAUUAUGAGACGCUAUAGUCAGUAUAAACUUCUGUCACCUCUACUGGCGCUCGACGUCGCCAGUUUACUAACCACCGAUCCUGGCAACCCAUCUUUACACACAUCCAGGCAACCCUCAUUAUGCACACCUGCAUCUCAGUCACACCUGGUCUUCAUUACUCCCUUGAUUACUCACCCUUUUUAUAUAGUAAUCUUCUGUUAGUAGUCGUCAGGUAGUAUUGUUUAUGUUUCCAUGUCAGGUGCUUCUCUUGUUUUGUAUUGUUCAUUAUUAUUAAACUCACUAACUGCA